AACAGACACUGUGUAUGUGUGUUAUGUGUUAACUCAAAAAGUGAGGAGUGAGGACAAAGCUUGAAGUCAAAGUGGAAGUUUAAAGUUCGAUCCUUAAACCACGAAUUGAAACACACCAAGCCCUCAGACCUCACUGUCCAAAUUGGCAUCUGCUGCACUUCAUUCCUUGUUGUCUAUACGAUUUUUUUAAAAAAAAAGGAGAAUGAAAAGGCAAGCAUCUUAUGCCGAUUCCCAUGUCAAUCCAUAUGUUGCUUCUCAUAUGCCGCACAUGCCUGCACAAAUAAUGCAGCCAAAUGCUGCAUUGAAUAAUUUUCCAGGAAAUCUAAAUCCUCUCUCUACUGAGGAAGAGUAUCGAUAUAAGUCUUCAAAAGUAGAGGGGCAAUGGCAGCGGGAUAGAGAUGCACCAAAUGUUGUGAAUCCAACAUCAUCUCAUUCAUUCAUUGAAGGCCAAGGGGACAGUGGGACAAGAUCUUACUACCAGGGUCAGAUGCCAGACCAGAAACGAGGUUCAGAUAACCAAUCAAACGGAGAAACUAGAAGCCUGCCUCAUGAACAAGACAUGGAAAUUGGCUAUGAGGACAAACCAUCAUCGCUGACUUUUGAAGCUCUUGAACAAAAAUUCCUUGAUGAAAUAAUUAAUUUAGCAAAGGAACAGAAUGAUGCUGAAGCGGUGGAAAACGAAAGGCACAGGGAGAAAAUAAUUGAGUUAAAUACCAAGUAUCAGGAAAAAAUAUUAGCACUUCACUCUCAACAAGCUGCUCGAAGAGAAGAAUUCCUUCGCAAGGAAUCACAGGCACGGUUAAAUCAGUACCAGCAAGCUGGAAUGAAUCACUAUCCUAAUACUGGUAUUCGGGAUACUCAUGGGACUCCAGAAGAAUUCCUCCGCAAGGAAUCACAGGCACAGUUGAAUCAGUCUCAGCAAGCUGGAUUAAAUCACUAUCCAAAUACAGGUAUGCGCGAUACUCAUGGGACUCCAGUUGCAGCUGCAGCUGAAGCACAUCAAGCUUAUGUUGCUAGUCAGUUUGAGUCCUAUAGAGAGCGACAGCACAUGCUUGGGAGUGGGAGAACUCAGGGUACUGAGAGGGUUCCAUUCCCUAGUGGCCGUGUUUACAACAAUGCUUCCCGCCAUUACUAAUGACAUAGCAUGAGGCCCUUUAUGAAUUUAGAUCAGUAUACUAUUUCUUUUAUUUUUUCUGGCAAUGAAUUAGAAACCACCAAUAUAUAUAUGCUUUAAGAACUGGCUGUAAGUACUGAUGCCUACUGUUGUACACUUAUAUAUCAUCUUUCUUUGGGUGUAUUCUCUCGGCCUGUUGUGGUGGUGCUGGAUUGUUGAUUCAAAUUGCUUGAAAUACCUUUGCAAUAAUAUGAGGUCAGGUCUUAGUGUGA